CUAUAUCUGACUAUAUUUGGCCCCCGCUUGAGAGCUUCAAGCUUGGCUCGAGCCUUAUGCUUAUCCUUAGUUUAGUCGUCCACUCGCUGAGCCUGAGGGUGAGGGUUGAUGCCUGUCCAAAAAAAGGUUUCCCGGGAAACAUUAUUGGUCGGUAGGUCGGUCGCUCGGUCGGUCGGUCACUGCCAGGUGGGCUGUCAUCCAUUCCAGAUCCUAGACAUCCAGACAUCCAGACAUCCAGAUUCCAAAUAUCCAGAACCACCAUCAUCAUCACCAUCCACGGCCUCGUCGUUCUCUAGAGCUCUAGAGAUCGGGAAUGUAACCGAAACAGCACCAUCGUCACCAUCACCACCAGUGACGACCAGUGACCACGACCAGUCAUCAUCACCACCACGCCUAUCCCUUCCACGCCCAUUCUCCGGCCAGUACCCAGCCGGCGGUAUGCAACACCACCACCACCAUCGACAGGACACGACACGACACGACAGGCCCGUCUCCGCCGCCCCGUCGCUGCGUCGCUCCGCUCCCGCACCGAGACACGACGCGAUGCAGGAACUGGCAGCACAUGGAUAACUACUACAGUUACGCUGAUGACUAUUCGUCCAAUAGCUACCAUCGCAUCUCAUCCCGGGCCCGACGUGUCUUGCGUACGUACGUACGCCCCCCCCCCCUACCCCCAACCACCAACCACGAACCAACC